AGGGCAGGUGCCGGGUGGGCAGCAGCGCCGGCCCCUGUCUCUGGACCCAGGGAAGCUGCAGGGGCCCGCCAGGGCAUGGGCGAGGGUGUGACCUGAGGAGCUGAGCAGGGCCUGGGCGCUCAACCCCCCAGGCACCUGCAGGAAAGGACCUCGAGUCACCCCUUUGGAAGAAGAGGGGCGUCUCCCGCCUGCAGGCUGAGCUUGCUGCGGUGGGCAGCCCUGCCCUGGGCCAGGACCAGCCUCCUGCAGGCACUGACUGCCCAGGGUGGCCCCCUGCUCUGCGUGUGGUGUGGGUGCUGAACACUCCCCGGGCCACGUCCUGGUGAUGUGGUCAUUUGGGGCCGUGCGCGUCCAGGGACAGCCAGAGAUGGAGGCAGGGCACAGGUGCUGCUCCUCUGGGCACUGAUGGGCAGUGAGGUGCGGUGUCGGGGCCCUGGGGGCCUUUCUGCGAGCUGGCGGCGAGUCUGAGGGGUGCAUGGGAGGUGGUGAGGGCUCGGCAGACUGGGAGGGGCUUGUGGUGUGCGGGUAGCGUCGGCCUGGGCACCUGUGUGUCUGGCACCAAUCCGGCUCUCCAGGACCCGCUGGCCAUCUGCCACUAGGACCUUUCCUGACCAGUAGGCAGGAGCGAUCUGCACCUGCUGGUGGGGCACGUGAGCCGUCAGUCCUGCCAGUUGGGGGCACAGGUGUUGGGAGGGAGGGCCGGUUCCCAGGCCCCACCUGGGGGCUGGACACCCUCUCCUUCCUCGUCCUCUCCUGGGCCGGGCAGGCAUGCUGCUGGGCUCUGGCCUGACAGCCCCAGUGUAGUGGCACCCCCGGACCGGGCCAUCCCUGCUGGGGCCUGGCGUCCCGCCGUCACGGGGGUGUCCAGAAGUGGCUUUGGCGGCACAGGCCCAUGUGCCAGGGGGCCGCCUCGAGGCCUCUGGGACCCAGCUGCCGAGACCCCACCUUAACUUUGUGCUCUUGAUAGUCUCAACAGGACAGACUGACUCUUUUGGGAGCGCUGGGUGCUGACGUCCACGGCGCAGCACUCCUAGGCCACUGACGCGCCGAGCCCCAAGAUGAGUGUCCAAGGGCAAGGGCUCCCCUUGGACCUCGGAGCCAGCUUCACCGAAGAUGCCCCGCGGCCCCCCGUGCCCGGCGAGGAGGGCGAGCUGGCCCCCGCCGACCCCAGGCCCGCCAGCCACGGCUUCUGCCCCGGGAAGGCCGAGGCGCCCGCCGCCACCCCGCGGCGCUCGGACCUGGACCUGGGCUACGAGCCCGAGGGCAGCGCCUCCCCCACCCCGCCGCACCUGCGGUGGGCCGAGUCGCUGCACUCGCUGCUGGACGACCAGGAUGGCAUCCACCUGUUCCGGGCCUUCCUGCGGCAGGAGCACCGCGCCGACUUGCUGGACUUUUGGUUCGCCUGCAGCGGCUUUCGCAAGCUGGAGCCCUGCGUCUCCAACGAGGAGAAGCGGCUGAAGUUGGCCAAGGCCAUCUACCGCAAGUACAUCCUGGACAACAGCGGCAUCGUGUCCAGGCAGACCAAGCCGGCCACCAAGAGCUUCAUCCGGGACUGCGUGACCCGGCAGCAGAUUGACCCCGCCAUGUUCGAGCAGGCGCAGAUGGAGGUGCAGUCCAGCAUGGAGGAGGACACCUAUCCCUCGUUCCUCAAGUCUGACGUCUACCUGGAGUACGCGCGGACGGGCGCCGAGAGCCCCGCGCCCCGCAGCGACCCGGGCCCCGGGCUGGGCAAGGGUGUGCCCGGGUACCUGCCCACGCUGACCGAGGACGAGGAGUGGCGGUGCGAGCGGGGCGAGGGCGAGGACGGCAGCGCCGGACCCGCGCCUCCCAGCCGGCUCACGCAGCAGCUGCUCCCGGGCACGGCGGCCCCCCGGGUGCCCCUGGGCAGAUGGUACAGCGCGGGCCCGGAGUUCCGGUGUGGGCCCUGGCGGGAGCCGGUCAGCCCCUGCUAUGCCAGCUCUGGCUACUCUGUGGCCCCGGCCACCAGCGCGAACGACAGCGAGCAGCGGAGCCUGUCCAGCGACGCCGACAGCCUCUCGCUCACCGACAGCAGCGUGGACGGGGCCCCCCCGCACCGCACCCGCAAGCAGCGCCGCCGGGAGGUGCAGGAGAGCGUCCAGGCCAACGGACGGGGGCCCCUGCCCCACGUCCCCCGCACCUACCGGGUCCCCAAGGAGAUCCGCGUGGAGCCCCAGAAGUUCGCGGCGGAGCUCAUCCACCGGUUGGAGGCUGUGCAGCGCACGCGGGAGGCUGAGGAGAAGCUGGAGGAGAGGCUGAAACGCGUCCGCAUGGAGGAGGACGGCGAGGAUGGUGAUGGACUCCCUGGGGCCUCGGGCGUCGGCCACAAGCUGCCCCUGGCGGGGCCCUGGCACCACUGUGUGGCCCGCUACCCAGACGUGGGCUGUGCAGGGCUGCGCGAUGCGCACGAGGAGGACCCCGAGAGCAUCCUGGACGAGCACGUGCAGCGUGUGCUGCGGACACCUGGCUGCCCCUCGCCGGGGCCCGGCCACCGCUCCCCGGACAAUGUGCCCAGGCUGGGGCCAGUGCUGGGGGGUGCCGCCCCAGGCCACGGGAAGCAUGCGCCCAAGUUGGGGGCCAAGCUGGACCCGGCCGGCCUGCACCUGCACAGGCACGGCCACCACCACGGCCACCACGGCACGGCCAGGCCCAAGGAGCAGGCUGAGGCCGAGGCCUCCCGCCGCGCCCAGAGCGGCUUCCCGUGGGGCCCAGAGCCACAUGGCCACCCGGCCAAGCCCCGUGGCCACGGGGAGAGCGCGGGCUCCACCCCCGGGGCGGGCGACGGCCUGGCCUACAGCGGGAAGGCGGGCGUCCCCUCCAAGAGAAGCGGCCGGAAGGGCGAGUCGGGGAGGGCCACCGGUGGUGAGGCGCCGGGCCCCGUGGAGGACGUGGAGCGGAACCAGAAGAUACUGCAGUGGAUCAUCGAGGGGGAGAAGGAGAUCAGCCGGCACCGGAAGGCCGGCCACGGGUCAUCUGGGGCCAAGAAGCAGCAGGCCCACGAGAGCUCCCGGCCACUGUCCAUCGAGCGCCCUGGGGCCGUGCACCCCUGGGUCAGCGCCCAGCUCCGGAACUGCGUGCAGCCCUCGCACCUGUUCAUCCAGGACCCCACCAUGCCGCCCAACCCCGCCCCCAACCCGCUGACGCAGCUGGAGGAGGCCCGCCGGCGCCUGGAGGAGGAGGAGAAGAGGGCCAGCAAGCUGCCCUCCAAGCAGAGGACAAAAUCACAGCGGAAGGCAGCCAGCGGGAGCGCCCAGCCAUGUGACAGCAUCGUGGUGGCCUACUACUUCUGCGGGGAACCCAUCCCCUACCGGACGCUGGUGAGGGGUCGUGCGGUCACCCUGGGGCAGUUCAAGGAGCUGCUGACCAAGAAAGGCAACUACAGAUACUACUUCAAGAAAGUGAGUGACGAGUUUGACUGCGGCGUCGUGUUCGAAGAGGUUCGGGAGGACGAGGCCAUCCUGCCUGUCUUUGAGGAGAAGGUCAUCGGCAAGGUGGACAAGCUGGACUGACCAGAACGUGGGUGCUGCAGCAGGCCUACCCUCACCGUCACUGCCUUCCCGUGGGGCUGACACGGAGCCUGCAGGCCAGGGCUGCCUGCCCGGCAGCCUCCACCUCUGGUCCAUCUGUGCCCGGGGCAGGGACCCCAAGGGGCCCCACAUGAACAGGCUCUGUCCCUGCCCAAGAGGAGGGAGCCCUGUCCACUCCCCAGAGCAAUACCCGGAGUGGGGGCCAGGUCCAAGCAGGGCAGCUGCCCAGGCUGCCUUGGGGACCCUCCCAGCCCCUGCUGCUAACUGGGGCCACCCUGGGUGCCGGCCCCAGGGCCCGCUGCUCCUUGGGCAUCGCCAGCAGCCCGGACACCAGGAGCCCUGCGGGGCCUCUGCCCCUGUCCAUGUCACCGAGUGCCUUCAACACACUUGUCUCUUGCCUGCCACUGUGGGGGCCCCGCCCCUGGCCGCCCCCCUCAAGGGCCUUGUAAAUAUGUACAUUUCUCAGGGCAGGGCCAGCUGGGGCCGCCCGGCCCGUUUUUUUCAUGCGCUGACUUGUACAAUUAUCUUUUCAAAGGUACUUGGAUAAUAAUGAAAUAAAACAUUUUUGAACCUUCCCUAGCUGUGGAGUGGCUCUG